AUGGAAAGUUUACCACCGUCCGCAGAACAACUAGAAAAAUCCUUUGGUCUCUGGCCAUCUGAAGAAGUGCUGGCUUACUACUGCCUAAAGCACAAUGAAAUAUUCAGGGACCUUGCUGUGUGUGAGCUAGGGGGUGGCAUGACAUGCUUGGCUGGGCUCAUGGUUGCUAUUUCUGCAGAUGUCAAAGAAGUUCUGUUAACUGAUGGAAAUGAAAAGGCCAUCAAAAAUGUGAGUGAGAUCAUCACAAGAAACCAAAAUGCAGGACUAUUUAAGGCUCAGAAAGUGUCAAGCUGCAUUUUACGAUGGGAUAAUGAGACAGAUGUCUCUCAACUGGAAGGACAUUUUGACAUUGUUAUGUGUGCUGACUGCCUGUUUCUGGACCGGUACAGAGCUAGCCUUGUUGAUGCAAUAAAGAGAUUACUCCAACCCAGUGGAAAAGCAAUGGUAUUUGCUCCACUCCGAGGGAAUACUUUAAACCAGUUUUGCAAUCUAGCUGAAAAAGCUGGUUUCUCUGUCCAAAGACAUGAAAAUUAUGAUGAACACAUUUCGAACUUCCACUCCAAGUUGAAAAAUGAAGAAAAAGAUACAUAUGAGGAAAACCUCCAUUACCCUUUUCUUCUCGUUUUAACCAAACACAGAUAGAAGAUGACACUUUUUUUGUUUGCGGUUUUUUUUGUUGUUUUAAGGUAGACUACUGAAAAUUAAUCUAUGUAUGUAUGUGGAUGGUCUGGAAGUGGGAGGGUUCAGUUCCCCCCCUUUUUGUUCCUGAGUCAUCAUUAGAGCAAUAUUUCUAAUCUAAAUGCUGAGGAACAUAUCGUGGCUCGUUUCACAGUGUGUAAACAUUGAGACAUCUUUUUGGUAUUAUUUUAGAACUUAUUUUUCCAAUUAGAUGCCAGCCUAAAACCGGUCAGGCUUCACGUGUACACAUUAACAAAGGUGUAAAGCUGGCUUCCUUCUCCUUUGUGCCUUUAAACUUGCAUGUGCUUUGUUAAUCUCUUUAAAUGUUAUUUUCUGGGUUACUUGAAAAUACGUGAAUAAUGUACUUUGUAGAUUU